UCACUCCCUUUGCUUGUUCACACAUGCACUCUGCCUCCCGCUGCACACACACACACACACACACACGCUGACCUUCUCUCCUGGUUUUAACCUGGACUAACGGGGGAGUUUUUUUUACUGGAGAGUCUGAGUUUUUGGCAGCAGCGUCGAUCCGUUAGCCGAGCCGCUGUCAGUCGUUUAGUUUUCUUUUUGAUUUUGCUGCUUGGACAAUCGGAGUGAGUUUUUCUAACCUCAGGACGCGCCGCUGCUUCUCCGGUCGCUGACGACUCGCUCGGCAGGAUGACAUGGCGUCCUCAGUACCGCAGCUCCAAGUUUCGCCACGUGUUCGGGAAAGCUGCCACGAAGGAGAACUGCUACGAUGGCGUGCCGAUCACACGCAGCGUCCAGGACAACCACUUCUGCGCCGUCAACCCUCGCUUCGUCGCCAUCAUCACGGAGUGCGCCGGGGGCGGAGCCUUCCUGGUUCUGUCGGUCCAUCAUACAGGUAAAGUGGACCCUCACCACCCUCGAGUGUCGGGCCACAGAGGAAACGUUCUGGACAUCAAAUGGAAUCCGUUCAACGAUUACUGCAUCGCCUCCUGCUCCGAGGACACCACGGUGAAAGUUUGGGAAAUCCCGCCUCACGGCGUGCUGAAGACCCUGACGGUGCCGUGGAAAGAGCUGCAGGGUCACAGCCGCAGGGUGGGCGUCAUCGAGUGGCAUCCGACGGCUAACAACAUCCUCUUCAGCACAGCCUACGACUACCAGGUGAUGAUCUGGAACCUGGACUCUCCAGAGCAGGUGAUAAAGAACCCCGUCCGGACCAUCAAGCACCACACAGACGUUGUCUUGUCCAUGUCUUUCAACACGGAUGGGAGCCUCCUGGCCACCACCUGCAGGGACAGGAAGAUCCGGCUGAUGGAGGCGCGCUCAGGGAAUAUGCUGCAGGAAGGAAGCUGCAAGACACACAAAGCCAGUAAGGUGCUGAUUUUAGGAAACAUGAAGAUGAUCUUCACAUCAGGCACUUCACGCUACAACAGUCGGCAGAUUGUCCUGUGGGAUCAGGACGACCUGUCGACGCCUUUAUUGGAGGAGAACCUGGAUGGCUCCUCAGGUCUUCUGUUCCCGUUCUACGAUCCUGACACACACAUGCUCUACCUUGCUGGGAAGGGGGACGGAAGCAUCAGGUACUAUGAGAUCAGCUCAGAAAAACCGUACAUCCAGUACCUGAUGGAGUACCGCUCACACACGCCUCAGAAAGGAAUGGGUGUGAUGCCUAAGAGAGGCCUGGAUGUCAGCUCAUGUGAGGUUUUCAGGUUCUACAAAGUGGUGACAGUCAAGAGUCUCAUUGAGCCCGUUUCCAUGAUCGUACCCCGCAGGUCUGAGUCGUACCAGGAAGACAUCUAUCCGAUGACGGCAAGUAACAGACCAGCUCUGACUGCAGACGAGUGGCUCAGUGGGGUCGAUAAAGGACCGAUUCUCAUGUCUCUGAAGCCCGGGAGUGAACUGAUGGAGCCUCCAUCAGAGACGAAAGCGCUGGCCAACUCGGUGGACGCUCGCAGGUCCCGGAGCCGGCCGGGGGUGCUGCAGCUCUCCUACAUUCAGGACCAACAGGAAGCCAAAGAAACGAGCGACCAGGUUGAAGACGACCGCAGUCAAACGCCUGUGAUCAACGGGGAGGACCUGGCACUUUGCUCGCCUCCCAGGACAGAAAGCGAGCUGCGUCUGAAGUUCCUGAAGCAGCAGGAGGAGAUCCGGCGGCUGAGGGAGCUCCUCAACCAGAGGGAGGUGCGCGUCAAGCAGCUCGAGCUGGAGAUUAAGAACAUCAAGAACUCCCAGACGCAGAGCUAACUUUUACGAGCGUCCCGGUUUCCCCACGGCGCUGAGCGGGACACUCCGGCUCAGAUCUCGGAAUCAGAAACGCCUCGUUCUUUAAAACUUCCUGGCUCUCCCGAGACUCAAACCUCGACUUGCAGCCAACACUUGGUGCACAUAUUCUUUGUUUGUGUACAUAAACUUCUUACCUUUGCCCCAUUUCUUUUAUACACUUCACUGCUAUGCAAGUUUACUGUAAUAUUUUUAGCUUUUUUUUAACAGAUGUUUGAGCCUGAGCCGAAAACGCUGAAUUUAUUUUUUGUGCUUGAUUUAAAAAACUUUUCUCCUGUAUUUAAACUGCUGUAAGUGAAUGAAUGUGAAAGAGCUAAACGAAUGACCUGCCUGUUGAACCCGAGCUCUGCCUUUCUAUAAGCCGCAGAUCGCUUUAUUCCAGCUUUUAUUUUGAAAUCGUCUGGAAGCAGAUUCAUUUUAAUGUGUACACAAAAUCUGAAACUGAUGCCAUGUAUGAGUUUUAACCCUAAUUUUUAUAUUUAUUUCAAAAUGUGGGCAGGGAAUACACAUUUUAAUCAGGAAUUUGAAUCCCCGGAUGUGAUUUAUUUGGCAAAUAUAUGAAGAUGAAAAUGAACCAAAUGCUGUUUUUAUUUUUUUGCUGUGAAAAAGUUAAUGACUUA